AAGAGUUGUUAAGCAAGAAGGCAUAUUUUGCAGUAAAGGGGAAAUAAAGGGGCAGUUCUGUGCUUACAAUAUUUUUUACAAUUCUCUUAUUUUUAUUUAUAGUUAUAAUUAAUUUAUAUAUGUAUAUUUUUUUCAUAAAUAUGAUGUGUACACUUUUCUAUAGUAAAAUUAAAAACGGUUAUGACACUUUAAAUUGAAAAUUGGCUGAAAAAAAAUUGUCAUAAACUAUGAUUUUUAUUUUUUUUUUUCAAAAAUUAUAAUUUUUAAUUUAAUUUAUUUUACACCAGAUAAAACGUGGGCUCCUUUCAUUGCUAAACUUUGAACCGCUCCUCUUAGCGGAACCUUUCACGUCUUGAUUAAAUUAGUGGCGGGACUGUUUUUACCGACGCACUGACCUUUAACCUCCGUCUGCUGGCUAAUUGUUUUGAUUUCUCAAGCUGCCGUUUUUAGUCAUAAAUGUGGCGUAUUUGCUGUACUAAAAACAUAAAUUGAUGUUAAAAACGCCGUAGCUUUAACGUUUCGCUCAAACUAUUAUAAUGACGUAACUGCCGAACCUCAGAGUUCCUCGAACUGCAGAUGAAUUUUCUGCUAUAAGCUAACGUUAGCCUUCAGGCUAACGUAACGCACGUAUCUUUGGUAACAACCAUGACGACGAUGAGGAGCUCCGUCUAGAAGCGAGCGACCAGACAUCAUAUCGAAGCGAUUUCCUGUUGGACAUCAUUGAUUUGUGGGAUUCUCCUGGCUUUGUGUCUGGCUCGUGAGGAAACAGAAUCCCAGACCGCCUCGGACUAUUUACAUAUAACCGGCGAGUGACAAGUGUCAUCAACGAGGCAUUUUGUUCAAUGGGGGAAGAAAAACCGGACACACUGGACUUUGUAAAGGAUUUCCAGGAGUAUUUGAGCCAGCAGACUCAACAUGUCAACAUGAUAUCAGGCUCUGUCAGCGGCGUCAAGGAGGCUGACGAGCUGCCAGCUGACUGUAGUCAGAACGGCCUGGAUCACCCUUCAGUAGACAUAUCAUUGGAGGACAGCUCGGGGAUCCUAGUGGACGGUUUUGAGAGGACUUAUGAUGGCAAACUCAAGUGCCGCUACUGCAACUACGCCACCAGAGGCACAGCACGACUCAUUGAGCACAUCCGAAUUCACACAGGAGAGAAACCUCACCGCUGCCACCUGUGCCCAUUUGCGUCAGCCUAUGAGCGCCACCUGGAGGCGCACAUGCGCUCCCACACAGGGGAGAAGCCAUACAAGUGCGAGCUGUGCUCUUUCCGCUGCAGCGACCGCAGCAACUUGUCGCAUCACCGGCGCCGACGCCACAAACUGCUGCCGAUGAAGGGCGCUCGCUCACUUUCCCACAAGAAGAUGCUAAGCGUUUUACAGAAAAAAGCUAGCUCUCUGGGAUACGGACGAAGGCUCCUCGUCAACUUUAGCCCCCCCCCUAUGGUGGUGCACAAAGCGGACAAUGUAAACGACUUCUCCCACGAGCUGCCCCACCUACACCAGGAGACCUACGAGGAUCAGAAUCGAGGGGUUGACGAUGCACUCGUCGCUAAUCAAAGUCAUCAUCCUCGGGAUAUGGUGAUGGAUAACCCGCUCAAUCAACUCUCCACCCUGGCAGGCCAGUUGGCCAGCCUCCCUUCGGAGUCCCACACUCAGACUCAGCCCCCCAUCUCUCCGGGAGCCGAUUCCGUCGUGGACGAGAAGCCGUUCCUCAUCCAGCAGCCACAUCCUGCCACGACCCCCGUGGCCGUCGCCGCCAGCAUGACUCACGCUUCCUCCUCUUCCCCGAUAACCCCAGAGCCCCGGCCGCCGCCUCAAAGCAACUGCAGCCCGGGCGGCGGGCCGUGCAGUGAACACAGCGGGCGCACCAGCACCCCGAGCAUCUCCAACAGCCAACCCAGCACGCCCGCCCCGGGACUGCCCGCCCCUCUUCACGACGCCCACAUGCUUCAUCACUGCCAGCACUGUGACAUCUACUUCCCCGACAACAUCCUGUACACCAUCCACAUGGGUUGCCACGGCUACGAGAACCCAUUCCAGUGCAAUAUCUGUGGCCACAAGUGCAAGAGCAAGUAUGACUUUGCGUGUCACUUUGCACGGGGGCAGCACAAAUGAAGAAAACGCUUUUAACGGACAAGAAGAAGAAAAUAUUUAUUGGUUUUUCACUUGGCCUUUAUGUAGCUCCGCUGUGAACAUGUCUCCAUGUUUACAGGUCUAUGAUGUAGGUAGAGGUGCCCAUUCCAGUGUAUUAUAAAGGAAUAAUCAGUGUUUAUGACAGGAACUCGUUGAUCUCACAGAAAUUUAAACAAAUUUUAGAGUAGCUUGUUGGAUUAUUUUUUUCUUUAUUGCUUUGAACCUAGAAGAAAAAAAUAAGUUUUAGUCAACAGAUUUUAAAUACUUUCUUGUUGGGGAAAAUGAGGAGAUAAUCUAACAGAAAAAGUACAUUUAAAAAACGGAGAAACAAGUUACUUUUGUUUCUAGUUCAAGUGGCCCUCAAACUCAACUGUUUUGAUAUGAAGUCGAACUGACUGGCCUUGAGUGAUCUUUUUUUUUUUUUUUUAAUAUUACAAAGUUUAUUACUUUUGCAGUGCCUAAUGAGUCAUUUUCUAGUGUCCAAGCUGAAAAAGACUGUUUUUGUCUUGUUUUUACUAAUGAAUUGAUAUUGUUACAUUAAAAAAAAUGAAUGAGCCAAAACCUUUUGAUGGAAAAAGAGUAAAGUGGCCAUUAUUUUAUUUUUUGGUUUUGUUUUUUUUUCUUAUUGGGCCAAAAUCUCCUGCUGCUGAAAGACGAGACUUAUUGUCAGCUGUUUGUAUGAUAACUGUAAAAUCAGGCCAAACUUUUCACCGGUAAUAAUUUUUCUCUUUUUUGAUCAGUCGUUUACUGUUAUCUCCUAUAUGCAGCGAUCUUAACUGCCUCUUAUAUUUUGAUAUUGGUAUGAAGUUACGUUGAUAUCCAGCGUUUCCACAUUUAAGGACGUGUAAAGACUAUUUCCGAACUGCCACGUAGCUCGCCACGUUUGGACUUUGCGAUAACUCGCCUUGAAAAUUCCCAUCAGUCAUCUAAAUCUGUGCUUCU